GUGGCAUAAUUUCUUAGGGCUUAACAGUUGCUUAACAAGAGUGAGAGUGCAUAAAUCUAAAGGGGAUGAAAAAUGUUCAGACAGUCACUUAUCGUCUGCUGAAGAAUUAUAUUGGAGCAUUUUCUCAUCUCUGCAGAAUCCUCCUGAUAAAUUAACCAGAAUGAAUUGGCAGCAAGUAGCUCCUGGAGUCAUCCUUUUACUAGUCAAGCUCACAGGGACAUCUCUAUUUUUUGUUUUUUUUCCACAGAUCUUUCCCAAGGGGAACAUCACUUCUAUCUCUGCAAAAAAUUCUUCAGUGUGGUCCCCUUCUCCUGAGCAGACCUCUUCCCUCUCUCCCUUGUAUCCUACUACAGUGAGAAUUCCUUUGAAGCAACCAAGGUGGGAACGAUUCAGAGGGCAUGAUUACUUGUUUUCUGAAGAGAAAGCUAUGUGGCUGAUCAGCCAAUUUGAUUGCAAAUUGAUUUGGAAAUCAGACCUUGUGAUCAUCAGUGACACAAAAGAACUGGAAUUCAUUAUUAACAAAACAGCAAUGGCUAAUUAUUUCAUUGGACUCACCUAUUCAGAAUCAACAAAAAAAUGGGAGUGGAUUGAUCACAAAGAGCACAACGUGAACCUCUUUCCAAUUAAAGCAACAGUGGACAAAGACUGUGCUGCUAUCGGGGCAGAUGUGAGUCCAGUAUCGUGUUAUGAUGAAUACAAUUGGAUUUGUGAGAAGACCUAUAGUUAAUUGAUUGAAAGAAACCUCUGCAGGGCUGCCUAGGAGUGAAGAUUGAGUAAACAGCAAACCUUGUUGAUUAAUAAAAUAAUUAUAUCCUUU